UCAUUGAUUUGGACGGGUUAUAUACUGGGAGGGGAAGCAUGAACCACACUCGGCUCUCUUGCCAGCACAGAGCUGUGCUUGCUCGGCGCUUGUGGCUGCAGGACACUCGGGCCCAAUGGAGCAGAGAGGCUGGCAGUGGUGUCUGCUGCUGCUGCUGGGCAUCCAGCUGGCCAGUGGCCAGUGCCCGGAGCAGUGCCAGUGUGUCCGCACUGCCCAAGUGGAGUGCUCGGGCACCGGCAUCACCACGGUCCCCAGCCCCAUCCCUGCAAACGCCAUGACCCUCCAGAUCAUCAACACGCGCAUCACUGAGCUGGGUGACUCGUCCUUUGGCAACGCCUCCCUGCUGAUUGGGCUGCGCAUCGAGAAGAACAACCUGUCGCGCAUCAGCCCUGGGGCCUUCCAGCACCUGCCUGACCUGCGCUACCUCAGUCUGGCCAGCAACAAGCUGCAGGAGCUCCCUGUGCAGGUCUUUGAACCCCUGGGCAAGCUGGAGUCUCUGCUCCUUUCCAGCAACCAGAUCCUCCAGGUUGAGCCUUCCCACUUCGCCCACCUGAGCAACCUGAAGGAGCUGCAGCUGCACGGAAACAACCUGCAGGAGCUGAACGAGGGGGUGUUCAACCAGCUUACCAGCCUCACCAAGCUCAACCUGGCCAGGAACAAUAUCGACCGCCUGCCGCCCAGGGCCUUCGAGCGGCUGGCGCGGCUGCAGGUGCUGCGGCUCUAUGAGAACCGGCUGCGGCAGAUCCCAGCAGGCGCCUUUGAUGGGCUGCCGGAGCUGCAGGAGCUGGGGCUGCACCAGAACCAGCUGGAGAUACUGUCCCCGGAGCUCUUCGUGCACAAUGGGAACCUGCAGAAGCUCUACCUGUCCAACAACCUCCUCACCGCCCUGCCGAGUGGCGUCUUCUUGCCCCUGCAAGCCCUUGCCAAGAUCACUCUGCACGUCAACCGCCUGCGGGACAUCUCCCCCAGCGCCUUUGGGCCCAUGCCCAACCUGCGGGAGCUGUGGCUCUAUGAGAAUGAGCUUUCCACCCUUCCCGCUGCUGUUUUCAGCAACCUCACCCAGCUGCAGCUCCUGGUCCUCAGCAAGAACCGGCUGCGCUCGGUGGCUCCGGGGGCUUUCCGGGGCUUGGGGGAGCUGCUGGAGCUGUCCCUGCACUCCAAUGCCCUGCGCCGCCUGGAUGCCCGGGCACUGGAGGGGCUGCCCAAGCUGCAGAACAUCUCUCUUCACCACAACCAGCUUCAGGCACUGCCACGGGGCCUCUUCGGGUCCACUCCAGGGCUGCGGCACCUGCAGCUGCACUCCAACGCCCUGGAGUACCUGCCAGCUGGCAUCUUCUCCCCCCUGGCCACCCUGCGAGAGGUGAAGCUGCACAACAAUUCCUGGCGCUGUGAUGAGGGUAUCCUGCCCUUGCGGGGCUGGCUGGAGGAAAACCCCCACAAGGUGGGCGACACUCCCCCCCUGUGUGCCCAGCCCCCUGCCCUGCGGGGCACCCCCAUUACUGGGCUGCCACGGGACCAGCUCCUUGACCCCCAGCUCCCCACUGCCUCCCCCCAUCCCAGCACCCUGCUCCCCGCUCGCCCCUCUGAGGUGGCUUUGCCGGAGGGUGCCUGGACGGAGCCCCCCAUGGGGUUGCCAGUCUCCCCACGGGAAGAGGAGGAGGUGAAGGAGGAGGAGGAAGAGGAGAGGGGGUGGUGGGGGCUGACGCGCAUGCAGAGCGGGGUGGUGGUGGCGGUCAUCGUGCUGGUCUGUGUGGCCCUGCUCGCUGCUCUUGUGGCGCUGGUGGUCUAUGGCUGUAGGAAGAAGAGCCAUGUUGUGCUCAUGAGGAUGAAGGCACCCAAUGAACGUCCCUGCAAACCUGCCGCAGGUUUGGUGGCAGUCUCCACGAUGCCACACUCGGAGCUGCACCCCCAGCAGCACCCACCUGUGGGUGCAGACUUCUGCCUCGCCGAGGCAGGGGCUGAGCCUUGGCUCCUUUUCCAGUGCAGGCUGGUGGUCUAUGCACUGCUGGGGCUGGGGUCCCUGCUGGUGAGGGGGCUGCCCCUGCCCUGCCCUCCCACCUGCCAGUGCUACGACACCUCCAAAGUCUUCUGCUCGGAGGAGAAGAUGCGGGAGAUCCCUGCAGGCCUGCCGGGGAAUGUCACCCAUCUCUUCUUCGUGGAGACGGCCCUGAGCCGCAUCCGCAGAGGAGCCCUGGGCUCUAGCACCACCCUCACCAAGCUGGUCUUCCUCAACAACAACAUCCAAGAGCUGGAGGCUGGCGCCUUUCAGGAGCUGCCCAGCCUCACUGAGCUGGAAGUGUCAGGCAACCCCUUGGCAGCAGUCAUCCCAGAGGUGCUGGUGGGGCUGCCCAGACUCAGCAAGCUCUCCCUGGGUGCCAAUGCCAUCCACUCCCUGCAGCCAGGGCUCUUCACCACCACCUACCAUCUACAGGAGCUGCGCUUGGCAGGGAACAAGAUCGAGGUGCUGCCUCCCAACCUCUUCCACCCACUCCAGCACCUCCAGACCCUGGACCUCUCACAGAACCUCCUGACUGAGUUGCCAGCCGGACUGCUGUCUCCCCUUGCUGCCCUUCACCUCCUCAAGCUCAGUGACAAUCUGCUGGCACAGGUGUGCCCUGGUGCUUUCAGGGCUCUGGGCCGGCUGGCUGAGCUCCACCUGGAUGGUAACCAUCUGGAGGAGCUGCCAGCCGGCGCCUUUGCUGGACUGGGGGGGCUGCGGCGGCUGCAGCUGCAGCACAAUGCCCUGGCCAGCCUGGCUCCUGACAUCUUUGCCAGUCUUCCCAACCUCACAGUUCUCAGCCUGGAGGGUAACCGCCUGGCCGCCCUGCCUGCUGCCCUCUUCACCAGCACCCCUCACCUGCUCUACCUCUCUCUGGCUCGCAACCAGCUGGAGACGCUGCCCCAGCAGCUCUUCUCCAAUCUGUCGGCACUGCAGACCCUGGUGCUCUCGCACAACGCCCUGGGCCACCUCCCCGCUGGGGUUUUCCAGGGGCUAGCGGGGCUGGUGACACUGCAGCUGAGCCACAACAACUUCUCCAGCCUGCCGGCUGGGCUGCUGGCCGGGCUGCCCCUCCUCACCACCCUGGCGCUGGUCCACAACCACCUGUCCCACCUGCCCCCGGGGCUCUUUGAUGCCAACGAGGAGCUGGCACACGUGUUGCUGGCCAACAACCCCUGGGCCUGUGACUGCAGCCUCGCCUAUCUCCUGGGCUGGCUCCAGACCUUUGCUGAGCCCCUCAUCCAUGCACAAGCCUCUUGUGCCAGCCCGGCCGCUCUCCAGGGACGGUCCCUGAUGGAGGUCCCCCAGGGGCAGCUGGAGUGCCCGGGAGCUCCUGGUAUUCCCCCAGAGGAGGGCUGGGAUGGGGAGCUGGGGAAGAAUGCUCCGGGGCAGUGCACCUACAGCAACGCUGAGGGCACUGUAAGAGUGGCCUGUGAUGCCACGAGCUGCCAGCAGCUCAGCCUUCGCCUCCUGCCUCCUACUCCUCCCAGGCAGACAUCGGAGCCAGGGCUGGUGUACCAGGAUGCCUGGGUGCUGCACUCCCGCUGUGGCACACUGCAGGUCAGCGUCCUUGUCAGAGCACAGAACGGGGAUGAGGCCACGUCACCAGGUCCCCCUGCUAGAGGCUCAGGGACCCAUGGAGAUGGGGCGCAAAGUCCCAGCAGCACUGUCCACUCAGGGGUUGGCAGCUUCUGGAGCAGCCUGGCACCAGGCGGGGGCCUGGAUGCAUCCGACAUUGACAGUGGAAAGGGGACAAUGUACCAUCUUUUCCUUUUCCUUUUCUUCCUCUCCUUCCAUCCCCAUAAAUGCCAAGAUCAAAUCCUGGGUGAAGAUCCGUAUGAAAUGCCCAAAUACUACCAGGAGGUCUACAGAGGGACAAGAAAUGAUGUCAAAGAGAUCCCAAAGAUUGUAAAGCCCUUCAUUUCUGAGAUGAUCUUUGUGCAAACCAGCAUCACUGCUAUAAGGAAAGGUGCCUUCAGGUACAUGCCCAACCUGGUCAAGAUUUUGUUUAUUGGCAACAAGAUCAAGACAGUUGAACCUGGAGCCUUUGAUAAUUUGGACAAGCUGAGGGACUUGGACAUCUCUGGUGCCUUGUUAGAAGAACUAGCUGUGGGCACUUUCCAAAACCUCCCAAGCUUGCAGAGGCUGGAGCUGAGAGACAGCCACCUCAGACACAUCCCCAAAGGUCUGUUUGAUGGGCUGGAAAAUUUGGGAGAGCUCUCCCUGCACAUCAAUGCAAUCCCUUCUCUUCCAGAAGGCAUUUUUGAUUCUCUUGUCAAUCUAACAUUUCUGGACCUGUCUAGAAACAGGAUCACAACUCUUCCUGGGGAUGCCUUUAGCAAACUCCACCGGCUGCAAGUCCUCCGGCUGUAUGAGAAUGAGUUGCAGGACCUCCCAGAGGGGCUGCUAGACAGUCAGUGGGGGCUGCUGGAGCUGAGUCUCCAGAGGAACAGGCUCAGGGAACUGCCACCCAUGCUCCUGAGGAGCCUGCCUCACCUGGAGACACUCCUUUUGGACAACAACCUCAUCAGGCUUCUCCCACCUCAGGGCUUUUUUGGUUUAAACAAAUUGAAGAUGAUGACUCUGGGUUCAAACCACAUUACGGAGCUCUCCUGCUGCCUUUUUGACAUCAUGCCACACCUGUGGGAACUGGAUCUGGGCAGGAACAGUUUGGCCACACUUCCAGAUGGCAUCUUUGCCAACCUCACAUCUCUUGGCAAACUCAUCUUGUCUCACAACCAGCUAGCAGCCCUGCCAAGAGGAGCCUUCACUGGGCUCAGCAAGCUCUUGGACCUCCAACUGGACGCAAAUCAUCUCUCUGCUCUGGAUGAUGAGGUGUUUGCUUCUCUCCCAGAUCUGAAAACCCUCAACCUUCGGAAGAACCAGCUGCAGAGUGUCCCGCGAGGGCUCCUGGACCCCCUGAAGAAGCUCAGUUCAGUGUAUCUGAGUGGGAACCCAUGGAGAUGUGACUGCAACCUGUGCUACCUGCACAGCUGGAUCCUGAGCAACAGGGAGAAGGUCACAUUGUCCACCCAAGUGUCAUGCAAGAGUCCACCCCACCUGUCAGGACAAGCAGUGACAUCACUGAGGGAUGACCACUUAAUUUGCCCAGAUACUCCGCCUCUUUCAGCUUCUUUUACCCCAUCUCUGCCAUUUACCUCCACAUCAUCACAAGGGAUGUCAACCUUGCUGUCACCUGGAGUCUUGCCCACUGCAGCACCAACCACACUGUCAUUGGCAGCCUUUCCCAUCAUGGCACUUCCAACCAUGCUGUCACCUGUGGCCACCUCUGUCACAUUGCCAACCAUGCCAAAGGAGGCCUUCUUCACCACUCCAUCACCAGCCAUGCCAUCUAAGGCCUUCAUUACCACCCCAUCAUCAGCUGUGCUGCCGAAGGUCUUCAUGACCACCCCAUCACCAGCUGUGCUGCCCAAGCCCUCCAUAGCCACACCACCAUCAACCAUGAUGACAAAAGCCUCCAUCACCACCCCAUCAUCAGCUGUGCUGCUGAAGGUCUCCAUCACAACCCCACCAUCAACUGUGCUGCCUGAGGCUUCCAUCAACACACCACCAAAUGUGCUGCCAAAGGCCUCCAUUGCCACCCCAUCAUCAACCAUGCUGCCCAAGGCUUCUAUCAACACCCCGUUGCCAGCUGUGCCACAGGAGGCCUUCAGCCUGUGUCCAUCUCCAGCCUUCAUAAGCCUACAGCCUCCUGGGGCCACCAGUCCAGAGCCUGCACUGUCCACUCUAGCUUCUGCCACCACACUGGUGCCAACCAGCCCACUGGCAGCCACCACCAGAGAAGUACCUCCUGCUCUUCUGGUGCCCACAGAGAGGCCAGCCACCAUCCCACGGGGAAUACCCAGCAUCUCCCUUGUCUCAGCCCCCCCCAAGGCACUCUGGCCACCCCCCAGGACUGCUGUGCCGGGCAUGGUCCUGCUGGCCUCACACUCCCCGUCCCACCAUGCUCCCGUGCCAGACAGGGAGCAGGACCAUGCCACCGCAUGGGGCUUGUCCACGGUUGGCACCCGGCCUGCUCCCAGCCCUGCAAGCACCAUCAUGCUUCCGACACCUCCCGUCCCCCUGCUGCCAGAUCCUACGAGCCCCUGGCCGGUUCCCCCACCCCUGGCCCGCAGCAGCCAUCAUGCCUGGGGCUUCGCCCUGCGGUCCAGCCCGUGGCACUGCCGGGUGUCCCUGGCCCUGGGCCUGGCCGCGCUGGCGCUGCAGGCAGGCUGCAUGUUGCUGUGGGGGAGGCUCGCCCUUCUCCUGCACCGAGUCACCCGCCGCCGGGGCCCCCCUGUGCCACUGGUGAGGCUGCUGACGCUCCAAGCCCUGGCUGCCCCCGGGCCCCCCGAGCAAGCCCGGGCACCGCUGUGAGCUUCGCUGCGUGACCUGGGCAAUGCCCAUCGUCCUCCUUCGGGGUCUGAAGCUGUGCUGGCCACGGGGUGCGUAUGUCCUGGGGUACGGACCGUGCCCCCGGGGGGGGUGUCCCAGCACCCAGGCUGUUUUGGGGUGCCUCCCAGCUGACCCCUGGAGGUGUUGUGAGCCUGGGGAAACGAUGCGCGGUGUCACUGCCUGACGGGCCCUUCUGCCAAGCGACACUAGAUGGCAUCCCGACACAGGCAGUGGCUGCCACCGCCGGGCCAGGGCCACCGGGAGCAGCGAGGGCGGCCAGUGGCCCUGGAGGCACCGCACAAAAUGCUGGAGACCCCGCACCCGGCCAGCAGGGGACCAAGCUGGACCUCGGGCACGGCCCGCUCUUGCUUGCAGGGUCUGGCCGGGGCUCCUGCCCGCAUCUCCUCCCCAUCCCUGGCAGGUACCUAUCUGCAGGGUGCAAGGAGUCCUUGGGGAAUGACAUCCCAAGGCUUCCCACCCCGCACCCCGGCUUCUUCGGCACGUCGUGUUAUGGGAUGUGUCAGUGCCCAUACGUCCAUCACAGGACUCUGACCUCUUCCCCUCUCCCUGACCCCUUUCCUCCUCACUGAUAUUAAAGUCUCCCCUGCACCUCUGCUCUGCACUGAAGGGCUGGCGAGGGGACUAUUUCCAUCCUAGGGCUGUUCUCACCGUGACUGGUGUGUGGGAUUCCUGUUGCUUGCUGGAGUGUGGGGUCCCCAGUCAGUGCUAGCCCUCAGGGGCUGGUAUGGGACCAGGGUUGCACACCUGCCUAGUGUGCAGCAGCAUAGUGAGACAGCAGACAUGCUUUUCUUUCCCCUCUUAAAUCUCAUGUCCCAAAACCUCUUUGUGAUGCUGCCUGCCCUGGCCUCUCCAGAAGUCGUGUCUGAGCAUGGCCAGCCAUGUGGUUCUCAUACCAUAACAUCACCUGAUGCUGAGCCCAUCUGCAGGCUGGGCGCUGGCUCUUUGGAAGCUU